UGAAAAGUUCACCAUGGGCAGAAAUCCUUUAUACGCGGGUACUGUACUCAUUGAGCUCUACAAAAUAACAAAUACCCGAUUCGAAACGGAGACUCACACUUGGGGACCUUCCCUCGUGAGUAAUAGAUAUUAGUUUUAUAAUUUAGAAAACUAAUCUUGAUUAUUCCAUAAGAAUAGAAUUAUAGUGUAUUUUUUAAAGUAUUCAUUGUAUUUGAUUAGACUGCAAAAAAGAUAUUCUUUCCCUUAGGUUUAAAUCAAAAGAAAUCAGAUAAUUAAUAACAACUAGAAUUCGUUAGAUUUUUACCGUAUCCGGAAAUGCCGCGACGAGUUAUACUCUAAAAGUAAUAGCCAAUUAUGACUUGAAUAUUAUAAGAUCAUCAUUCAGAUUGUCUGAGAAAUAUGUAGGAUGUUCUACGAAGGAAUCAUUUUAAAUUGUUUAGAGCUUUUAUGCUAUUAUUUUGUCCAUACAGAGGAUCCUUUGAGACUACAGAAAUCUUAAAUUAUUACGUUUACCAUCUAUGAUGAGUAAGUGACUCCUUUAACCUUUUGCACUGUUCCUAGUCUCACUGGGUCAAUUCACUAUAGCUAAAAGGCUACGUUGUUCGACACGUAUUCACAAGAAUAAAUCUACAUCUACCAGCCUUCUAUUCAAAACUAUAAAUAGUAUUAGUGAUAGAAAUCAGUGAAAAAAAAAGCUCAAAACCACUUUGUAUAAUUUCUUAGUUAGUAUAAGAACACAAAUAAUCGAUUCAAAGUAUCUCAUACCUUCAAAGUAACUAUUAGAGUCAGACUAAAAAUCUCUGAUGAAAUUACGAGUAGAGUUUGAGUCGAAAUUCAAGAAAGUUUGAUCGAUCGUGUUGAAUUCCAAAAAAUUGUAGAUCUAACAGUUUCUAUUCAUAUCAAAUAUGUUUAAUAAAGAUUUUAAUAUCAUCUAGGUUCGAUAUUUGGUGAUAAUCCUUCUCGACGUCAAACAACUCCGUUAACAACAACUGCUUCAAAUAUAAAUCAACCAACAUCUUCUCAACAAACAUCUCAAUCAUCAUCACAACAACAACAACAAACAAAUAAUAUAUCUGUUAAUGUAACAAAUUCAUUAUUAGCAAGAGCUUUUGGUAUUCUUAUUCGACAAAUAACUGAUUUACUUGUUCGAUGGCCAUCAACAUUAUCUGCUUCAUCUUUAUAUCAUGAUGUUUUAACAACAACAACUACAAUUGAUGAACAAAAUACUUUUGAUAAUAUACAAAAAGAAAUUGAACAAUGUUUAUUACCAAGUUGGCAAUGGUUUGCAACAGUAAUGGAUUCAUUUGAAUCUCAAAUACGUUUUGGUAUGACAUUAAGUAAUUUAGUUCAUAAUGAAAAUGAUACAACAUUACAUGGUAAUCGUUUUCUUAAAAAUCUUAUUGAACGUACACAAAUAGAAACAAAGAAAAAAUCAACAACAAAUCGAACGAAUAAUCUACCAACAAAUGGUAAAGACAAUAAUAAGUUUUUCAAUAAUUAUCAACUGUAUAAAGGAGUACUUAUAUUCAGAUAACCGACAUUCACACUGUUUUAUCUGUCUUACUAAUCAGUGUAUGAGAUUUCGUUGAUCUUGAGAACUCAUAAAAGAAUAUAUCGGCUAAAUCAGGCAAAACGGGACAUUUACAUGUUUCAUUUGAGUUUAAUUCUUCUAAGAGUGAAUCUUUUGGAUAAAUUCUUUUAGCGUAGACUUAUGUGAAAAUGCUUGGUCUUUCACAUGGUGAUUAAUUAAAAAGUAAUUAGGGAAUAUCUCAUGAACCAGAUGAGAAAAAAAUCUGAAAACGUAAGAAUAGGCUCUAGGACAUGAGCUGCAUCUAUAAUAAAAUUUUCAGCAAAGUUGGACUCCAAAACAUUUCUUCCGAAAAACCGGUUUUCUAGAGACCCUAGACAGUGCAAA